UGUUUUAAUCUUCGUUGGUAAUAAUCUUUUAUACAGAAUCUCAUUUUUUUGAUGUGCUGCAAUAUCUUUCUUGUGAUCUUUUGGCAUAUUCUGAAAAAAAUGCAAUGAAAUUUUCCGAGCAUUUAAAGCUUCUGUAAAAGAUGUGAAUUUUUCCAUAUUUUCUUUUUCUGGUUGAUAUUCUUCUAUAUCUUUUACAGUUUGACAGAUUUUUUAAUGUCAUCAGAAUCUAUUAUCAAAAUGUCAUCAAUGCUUAAAUUUUCAUUUUUGCUUGUGCAAGGGAAGAAAUUUCUCCAAAAAUAAUUAUCAAUUGCUGGAAUCAUACAACAUGUAUCAAAAUCAUAAUGGAUUCUGUUGAGACUAACAAACAGAUUACUCUUCAAGUAUAUAUAGGAAAUACUCAUUAGUUCAGAGGACAAAAUAAUCACAACUUUGAAGUAUUGAGUUUUGAAUUAUCCAAGAUCUAUAUAUUUCUGUACAAUAUGCCAAAUGCCAUAUAACUGAUGUAAUUUUUUAAGCAAACAGAAUAUGGCUAUGUGAACAAACACUACUUUUGUUAAUUAAUAAUUAUAUAAUAAAUAAACUACAGAUAAACAUUAUAUGUCCAGUGGGAACCUCACAGGUUGCCAGAUAAUUUUUAUAAAAAGUAAAGCAAAAUUCUUGAAAUGUAACCUAAAAAAUAGUUGGUUGCUUAAAUUUAGUAGCAUGAGACCUACAAAUGUCUCAAUCUGCUACUAGUACACCAAUCUUGUAAGCUUGAAACUCAACUGUAUUUUAUGAGAAAAAAGGUAGUCGAUAGGUAAGGUGACAUCUAGAAAUGUGUUACUGUAAAAGCAAAGACAUGCUGAUUUUGCUUUCACAGUAUCCAGAUUAGAGUUGCUUUUGGUCUAUUAUUCUCUUAAAGUAUUGACAGUAUGCAUAUAAACUAUUUAAACAUAACCAUCCAUGGUUAUUUAUAUAUAAACUAAGUAUAUCUGAAAGUGGAGGGUCAGACAGAGGUCCGGGUAACAUAACUGGCAAUGCAUCCUCACAGUAAGCAGCAGUUGUGGGUUUAAGUCUCGCUCCAGGUCAAUUCUUUUUUCCAGAAUAUUCUAAAUAAUUUAAUAAAUAUUAAUUAUAAGCAUUAAAUUUAAUAAGAGAUGGUACCUAACACCUAUCUCUAGUACCAAAUUACUCAGAAUUUAAUUAUUAAUAGUAGCAGUAAAGUGUCUCGAUUCAAUGUAACAUAUGUUUGGCUUAUUAUUAUAACAUCAAGCUUUGAGAUGUUUAUGUAUGCAAAAACUAUAUAGUAUUUUCCACUGAUUAUAGAAUGUUCUGGAUACUGUGGAAAAAGAAUCAACUUUGUAAGGGAAAUUAAUCAAGGUUCCAAAAAAUGGAAAUAAUACAGGUCAGACCUUACAUACUUUCAUUCUAAAAAAGAGUUAAAGGAUGAUUUCCACUAAGGAACAUUUGCAGAAUGUGUCAAAGAAAAAAAAAAUGAAACCAUCCUUCUGAAACUUAGUGAAGAGGUUUUAAGAAAGCCUAAGUUAACAGAAGUUAAAAACAAUCAUUUGAAGAUACUAAAUUCAGUUAAAAGUGGUAUAAGGAUUGAUCAUUACUCUGUGUUAAAGAUAGGAAGAUUAGGGUAAAGUGCCUCUAAUAGUGCUAGUGAUUUUAGUAUGGCAAUACAAAACUAGAAUAACACAAGGACUCUUUUAAACAUACUGCAGUAAAAAAAUGUUGAAAGAUUUCCCCAUGAUACAAAUAUAUGUGGACAAUUCCUUGGGAAAAGAUGAUGUUCUUGACUCUCUGUAUGGACAAAAUAAAACAGUUUCAGAUACUGUGGAACAUGAUCAAAAAUUUGAAUUAAAAUUUGGUUUUUGAAUGAAAGCUGAUUCCAAGGAUGAAUAAACUGGAUAGCUAUGUGUCAUCAGAUGUGAGAUACUUCCUGAUUAAUAAUAAUAAAAAACAGUUAUACCUGGGUUUGAAAUAUAACCAGAUAUAAACCAGAUAUAACCUUGGUUUACCUAGGCUUGAUUUUCUUGAUUUAAAGCAAUGUUGUAAAUGCGAAAUUUUGUCAUUGGCAAAGUGAUAUGUAUAUUUACUCAGCCAACAUAUACUUGUUGUGAUGAGGAGGGCCACCGUUUUAAAAACUGUCACAUUAAGUCUGAUAACUCCUGUAUAAAGUGUGUUAAUUGCAUAAGAUGGAACAAGCAGAUGAAUGCUACUAUUGUUGACUUCAAACAUAGCAUUACUGAUCCUAAUUAUCCUACGAUAUUUUGAAAGUAACAGAAAAAUAGUUGAAAAUACAGAUUAUGGUGAACUGAAAAUUAUACAAUUUAAUUAAUUAACUUAAAUCCUAUUAAAUCAGCAACAAGUAAAAUAUGAUUUACACUGGACGUGAAGGGUGCAAAGUGUAACAAAGAAAAGAUGAAACAUGAGCAUGAAUGACCUCAUGAAGUGAGUUAAAUAAUUCUCAUGUCAGCCAAUGAGAGUAUGGCUGUGUUUCUUUAUGCAGCGCUCGAGAAGCGCUAAACAGCGAACACUCUGAAACCCGUUUCUAAAUGCAGCGCUGCAAUGUAGCGAACCGUUUCUAAACGUUUGCUGCAAGAGGUUGCUGCAGCGAAGAUAAAGCAGCUUUUACGUUUGCUACACGUUUAAAGCAAAAUGGACGCUUGCAUGUAUAAUGUCGUAUUAACCAGCGAUAACAAAAAAGUCGAGGUAAUUGUCGACAAGAACAUCAUGGAAAGAUUAACAACAGGUAAAUUUACAGAUUAAAUGUACUUUCGAAUUAUUAAAGUAUAGCUGUUAUCGAUUGUUUUUAUAUAAUUCAAUUAUAUGUAAUAUAUUAAUUAUUAUGUUAUAUUUAAUACUUAACUUAAAUGUGUAGAUUGAAUAGAGAAUAAUUGAAAAUUAUUCAAUUAUAUAUGAUUUCUUGUAUUGUGAGAUUUGAUUAUAAUUUAUAUAUUUUCCAGACAAUGCCUUUAAAGAAGAGUAUUUUAAAUUAAUGUUCCCCAACCAUGAGAACACAGAAAAUAAAGAAUCUUGUAUUAUAUUGAGAAAUAAUGAAAAGACAAAUGAAAACAAGUAGAAUGAAUCAAGAUUCAGAAGACAGUACUAAUAGUGAAGACACAGAUGUUAUUACUCAGAAUUUACAAAAUGAAGUGAAGAGGCAGAGAUUAAUUACUUCUCAAAAUGAUUUUGAUCAACAUUCAGAAUCAGAAAAUUUGGAAUUAUUUACAACAAACACUGAUAUUAGAAAUUAUAAUUUCAUUGAUGAACCAAGUACUUCAUCUCAUGGUCAGAAUAUUCAUCAGGAACAAGAUUUUGAAUCUGAAUCCCCUCAAAUUACAGAAAACAGAGAAAAUGAAGUAGUAAAUGAAGCAACAGCAGUUGAGAUAGCAACACAACAGAGGAAUAAUAGUUCAACUGAGGAGACUGUAUUAUCUGGAGAAAUUGAAAAUCAAAAUAACACACUAAAUGAAUUACAAGUUUGUUCCUUUAUAAAUAUGAACUUAAAUGUCCAGAUACUUGAGAAUCAUAAUGAUAUGGUGCAAGUGGUUUUGAGGGAUGAAAACAUUAUUCUUUCUGCAAGUUCAGACACAACUGUUAAAAUAUGGAAUAAUCAAGGAGAAGAGAUCUGUAGUCUUAGAGGCCAUAUUGGUCCUGUAAAGGGAAUUAUUCUGUUUUCUAUUGAAGAGAGCAAAAUAUUAGCAAAAAAAUUAAAAUGUAAUCAAGUUGAAAAAAUUGUAGUAAGUGGAUCCCAGGAUUGUGCAUUGAAAGUGUGGUCAUUGCCAAAUGGUAAAGAGAUAAAAUCAAUAUAUGUAUUUAAUGGCAUCACUUGUUUAUCUGCUUUGGAAGAUUUUAAUGUAUUAAUUGGAACAGAGAGUGGAAAAAUUGAAAUAUGGAAUGUAUUAGAAGAAACAAAUGUAUUUUCAGUUCAAGCUUACACAGAUGGAAUUUUAUCAUUAUUGUUUUCCAAUCAGAAGGUAUUUAGUUUAUCCAAUGGAAUAUUUAAAGUUUGGCAUUAUUCUGAACAAAAGUUAGAAGAUUUUACCCAAAAUAUAGAAAACAACAAUCAGGUUGAAAAUUGGAUGUGUUUCAGCCUAUGCAAUGAUAAAUUAUAUUUAGCAAAUAAUGAUUGGGAUAUAUUUAUAUUGGAUCUGGCUACAAAUAAAUUAGAAAUUUUUAAAAAGUCAUUUAAUUCUGAAGGAUAUUUUAAUGAGAAUUACCAAAUAAACACAAUGUGCGUUGCUGAAGAUAAUAUUCUAUUCUCUAAGUAUAAUUAUAAAAUUAAUACUGGAUGCAUUGAUGUUUAUUUGUUACCCAACUGUGAAUAUAACUGUUCUCUUGUUGGAGAAACUUCUUUAAUUAAAUAUAUUUCCUUUAAUCGAUUGUCUGAAGAUGAUAUAUGUCUUGUUACUGGUGGGAAAGAGCUUAUUGUUUGGAAUCUCUCCAGAAAAAGUAAUCAAACUGAUAAUCAAUCCAAAAAGGAAGCUUCAAGAUUUUCUGUCAUAUACAAAGUUACUGACAGCAAAGAAGAAAGUGAUGCCGGAAGUUUCAACAGUUUAAAAAAUUAUUUUGCAAAGAGUUCUAAAUUCUCUAUAAAUAAAUUAUGUCAUAUUUUAUAAAUUACAAUUAAAGGUCAUCAAUAAACUACAUAUUAAUUUUUUAUAAAAUUGGCAGUUGAAAAUGUAUUUCAAAUUGUUUAAAUGUAAAAGUGUUUUUGUAUUUUUACAACCAAAGAGACAAAAGAGAUCCAAUGUUACCAUACAUUCCACAAAUACAUCAGAUUUCAGGCAUGUUUUUCUAUAGUCAACCAAAUACUGGUUAUUCUGCUUUAUUUUAUGUUGUUUCUGGAAGCAAAUGACAUUAAUAACAAUCUGUUAGUUUUUUUGAUGGGAGGACAUAAAAACACUAUAAAAGAAAUUGUUUUGCUUAAAUGAAAACUGCUCAACACACAAAAACAUGCCAAUUGAUAUUAUUAUUAUCUUUAUAUAGAAUAUCUAAAAAACUUUUUGAAGUCUAAUGUGAUAAAUGAUGCCAAAUUCAUUAACAACCAUCUCAAAGUUUUAGAGAUUGAACAAAUGCUAAUUAUUUUAACCAUAACAUCAUAUCAAAACUUUUGAAAAAGUUAGAAUAUCAGUUAUGCUUAAAACAACUUGUUUCAAAUUUACAAAUAAAAACUGAUAGAGAAUAUACAUUGUAUAAAGUCACCAUCUUACUGCAAAAGAUAUGUUCACUUUGUUUUUAUGAUUAAUUAUGCGCACACAAAAAUUUUGAUAUGUGAUUAAUGCUAGUUUUAUCAUGUUAUUUUUGGACAAAUCGGUAAAAAAUAUUUUUAAUGUCUGUUUAGAACCAUAAUAUUUAAUUUAAUAGCAAUUUCUAUAUGUUUAAUAAAAUUUCUAUAUGUAGUUUGGAAUUUGACUCAUCUAAUCCCCACUUUCGGCCAUCCUGACAACUGACAUUGUCUCUGAUGUCAUCAUCUGACCGAUCAAAAUCUUUGUUAGUUGAACUGACCCAUGCUUUCAUAUUGUCUGCAGAAGUAGAUGUCUGAAUUGGUUGGCCCUUCAUGAUCACCAAUCUCAACUAAAUGUCUGUCAUUUCUUAGGGGUUUAUAAAAUCAUAAAAGUUCUAAGAACUUUUGAUGGAUUUUUAAGCUGGGCUUGUACUGCAUUCUCCUUAUAGCUACAAGAUCAUUGAAUUUGGUGGCAAAAAACAAAAAAAGUUUUCCUGUUCUCAAGCUUGCAGUUUCUUAAGUUCUCUUUUGCCUUUGCUCUAAUUUCAUCCCUUUCUUUGUCAAAGGACAGAAUUUUUUCGUUCUCGAUCAGUUCUUGUAGUUU